CAGACUUCAGUGCGACAGUGAGGCUGUGUAACUUGUAAGUCUGCGCCUGUGUUGAACUUGCAGGAAGAAUGCUGCUGCGGGAGUUCUCGAAGUCACGUCGCCAGAGGCGGUAGGGUCAGGUCUGGUCGAACAUACAAGUUGGGCAGGGCACUUUGGUGGACCACAUUCUUCUGAGAAAGUGUCCACGCAAUGGCGUCUGCAACGUAUGCUUCGAUCAGCCCCCUGCAGACGCGGCAAAUGUCAGGUGCCAUGUCUUCCUGCAGCGGGGCUUUUCUUGGUGAGCAGGCCGCGAUUCGGCAGCUGUCGAGCGGGGUCAUGAGGUCGCACAGCAGGUCAACUUUUCAGCGGAGCACAGGGUUCGCUGUCUCACAGCACAGUCAACAAGCAAUGUGCGGAAGCAAAGCAGAGACUCUUCCAUCUCCGUCCUGGGUCCAAGAUUCAAUGCGAACAGCUGUGGAUGCUGUAAGCGCAGCGCAGGCAGUCAAGGCCGUAAAUUCUCCCACCCUUCCAGCCUCCACAUGGACCCAAGCCCCUGAACCAGUGUCGCAGGCCGCUCGCUGCAGUUGGCCCAAAGAGCACAAGUCUGGUCAAGCGACCCCUGUCAUGUUUUUUGAGGAAGUGGACGAGGAAGUCACAGAAGGUCAGCAACUUCAUGAGGAGUUUGCUGGGGAGCUCAUGAAGAGGAGCAGGUCGGAGCAGCUUUUGCUUGAUCUGGAGGAGGCGGAGCUAGGCCCCAGGUCCGCCUGGCCCCGGAAAGCAGUCAGCACCGACAGUGCAAACCGGCUUCCGGGUCCUCGGAGUGCUUGGCCCCGCACUACUUUGACAGUGGAGGCAGAGGAAAGGGUUUUGGGUCCUCGGUGCGCCUGGCCACGCACAGUGUUGAAGACGGAGCCGGAGGAGAGGGUCUUGGGGCCACGCUGUGAGUUUCCCCGGAACACUAUCACGGGGUCUGCGGCGGCUCCCCUUGUUGUUGCUGGGGCAGCCUGUGCCUGGCCGAGACAAAGCCAGUCUGCCCUCUCGACAGCCCUUCCGGAAGUGGAGCCUAUGUAUCCACGCUGUGAAUGGCCCAGGAAAGAGGCAGCCAUGGUGGAAGUUCCGUCUGCAGAGGGACCACGGUGUGCCUGGCCGGCUGCCGCGUCUUUACUCAAGAAGGAAGCCGUGAGAGUGGCUAAGCCUAGCAAGGCCAAGAAGGAGGUCCAGGGUUGGCCGUGGGCGGUGGUCCCUGUGGCCCUGGAGCCCAUCCCGGACCACGACUUGGCACAGGGGCCACGAUGCGCCUGGCCCAGGGUGCAGCCUCAACUUCCAGUUGAGCAGUCAGCAAGGUCACACGGCCCGUCUACUCCCACGCCAGCUGGUCCUAGAUGCGAGUGGCCUGCCAAGCAGGGGGUCCCCUCCCUCUCCCCUGCUGCCCCUCCUGACGUCCUGGGCCCACGCUGCGCUCUUAGAGUGAACGCCCCUGCCCCUGCCCCUGCCCCCGUUCCAGUGCUCGGCGCAGCUUGUGCUUGGCCCAGGAAAGGAGGGGUGCAGGCUGUCUCUGAGGAUCAACCCCCUGCCCUUGGUCCCCGCUGUCCCAUCAAGCUCCCAGAGGAGAGAGCUCUUGGCCCCCGGUGUGCCCUGAAGGUGCCUGCAGAAACUGUCCUGGGCCCCAGGUGUGCGUUGAAGCUGCCAGGGGCUGAGGAGGCGCGAGUGGAGGGGCCCCGGUGUGCCUGGCCAAAGGCAGGGGCGGAGCCGGUUGUUGCACCGGCCGUGGAGGAGAACGAGAACGUCGCGCCCAGCAAGGUGCAGAAGAAGAGGGUGGGGAUGCUUCCGCGGCGGGCGCUGUUCACGCGCAUCCCAGUGCGUAAUGCGAAAGGGCCGAGCCUGGCGCGGAUCGGGAAGGUUAAGGUGGCCAGGCCUCAGCCGGAGGCGGGGCAGGACCUGGCAAAGCCUGCAGAGAAGGUGCCAGCAACGGCCGCAUGGCCGAGGCGGCUCCUGGCGACCAGCAUUGGCUUGGGUGCUCUCAACCAGGCGCUGGUCAGGUCGCAGGCGCAGGCAAUGGCUCUGGAUGCUCCGGCAGUCGUGUGGAGGCGGCUAGAAAGCUACAGCACCACACCUGAUGUGGAGGGCUCAGAGGAGGAUAGCCAGAGUUGAGAUAUUAUUUUUGGUGUCAUAAGGGUAUUGUAAAAUAGAAACAGGGAAAAAAGAAAGGGGGGGUGGAGGGGGCUUUGUAAUCCAGGAGAUCAGUUUGCAACUCGAGGGGAUACGCGUAAAGCCAUCAUAGCCCACCAGAUUUUUAGUGCUUGGGUUGUUUAAAGUAGGAGACUGUGAGUUUCAAUGCGACCGCCUUGCAGGAUCAAUCUUGCCUGCUUGGCUGGGUUGGCGCGCAAAGGAUCUGCGUUUGCUAAAGAUCAAACAUUGGUUACACUACUGACAUGUACAGAUUGAUCUGCUCGGAAAGAGAUUCGCCUUUCAAAAGAGUACGUUGCAAACCCAUUUCAGCUCUACUUCACUUCAAGCAUUGGGCACUAUGGUAUCAC